AUGGAGGAAGAACCAGGUGAUUUGCCCUCCUCAAGUACAGUACCGCGUCCUGAUUCGCCUAUCUCCGCCCCACUUACCUCAGAACCGGUUCUUGGCGUUCUUGAAUCAUCAACCUCUAAUUCUCAAGCAGUCGCAAAUACCGAUGCUGGUGACAAUAUUUCGACCUGCUCUUCUGAUCCAUGUGCAGCUGCGCAUACUUCGUCUUCACGAUCGUCUGUGCAAAUGGAGCCCAACCAGAAUGAGCCUAAUGAAGACUCUGGACGCGACGGUCAUAACAAUCUUAGUAGUGCGAUCUUGGAGUACACUCACUUUGUCAAGUUUCGUGAUCAAUCCUACUGGCACUGUAACUGGAUCCCCGGUAAUACCAUCCUUUUCAUGCACCCUAGCAUGGUGAAGAAUUAUCACCGGAAGCAUGCCGAGGAGGUGGGGGAGGCGGAUGCAGCCUAUGAGGCGGGCCAGCAGGAGACCGGUAUUCCCAGCUCUGAUGGAGAGUCGGGUAGUGAUACUGAGAAGGACGACGACGAGGAGAAGAAGAAGAAAGCUGAUGCUACAGAAGCUGACAAUGACAACAAACCUGCUGCUGCUGCGGUAGAAGAGACGCCGCUCAUCGGCGGAAGGCUCGUCUUACCGUAA